AAGUAAACUGCAAUUAGAGAAUCGCUCCGUAAAACAAACACAUCGUGGUAAAGUGUAAUUUGUCGUUCAUUACUUCAAAUAAUUGAGUGAGUAGUUAAGACAGCUGUCGAAGCCAGAUGAAACCGUGAUAGCGGCCACCAAUCAAUCGGACGUACGUCCCGCCUAGACUUUCGCGGGAAUUAAUGUAUUCUCCAUUUUAUUAAACGUCAGCGCAAGAGGCGUGAAACAAUUUUCUUUUUUCACAUUAUUCACUGGCCGGCGGUUAGUCCGCGGAGAGUGUGUGAGCGCUGCGGUCGCCUGAGCUGUUCCAGUGUUUACAAAUCGGUCUGAUAGCAGUGAUAGCAUCUUCGCGAUCUGGGAGUGCCGCGCGGUGAUGGGAGCGGGCCCAGUCGGCUCCUGACCACACACGGAUAUGCAUGUCCUGGAGAUUGGCGCUGACCAAGAUGAGGAUGGCGGGAGCACUCGCGUCGCGGAGGCGGCGUUCCGGACCGUCCCGCGCGACCACACCGCCUUCAUAAUCUGGAGGGUCGCGGAAUCGGGCACAGAAAUGCUUCCGCGUAACCACUACGGCACCUUCUACGAUGGGGAAGCCUAUUUAGUGUACUCCUCGUCUAUGCCUGGCCAGCCAGCAGGCCCGGAUGUUAUUCGCAAAGAAGUUAAAGAGAACGGCAAUACGGAAUGCGCUGAACGCCACAUCCACGCAUGGGCUGGCGAGCGUUGCGGCGCCCUAGCGGCCUUGGCGCUUCGCCGCGGGACUCAGCUAUCUUCCUACCUGGCUGUGCCCACCGCCAUACACCGAGAGGCCGCCAGCAAGGAAUCCCCCAGGCUGUUAUCGUACUUCCGUGAUGGGAUCAGAAUCCUGCGAAGCGGUUGCAACCUGAACGGCAGCGCGCGUCUAUACCGCGUGCGCGGGCGCCGCCCCGUACUCGUUCAACUGGACCCGGUGUCGUGGUCGCAGCUUGCGGCUGACGGGGUCUUCGUGCUCGACACCGCCUCGCUGCUGGUGCUGUGGCUCGGCCGCGCCGCUAACUUGAUCGAGAAGAUGUUUGGUGCUAAGAUCGCAUACCGCAUGGCGCGGGGCGCGGACAAGGGCAUGACCGCCCGUCGCAUCGCCAUCGCGCACGACGGCUACGAGCAGACGCUCCCGCCCGGCGACCGCGCGCUGCUCGACGCGCUGCUGGAGCUGCGCGCGCGCUCCGUGCGGCCCGCCACGCCGCCCGCGGACCCGCCGCGCCCUGCGAGGCUGUAUCGCGCGACGCAGCCGCCGCGUGUCGCGCCCAUCACCACUCCGUCGCAGCGGCCGGCGGCGAGGCUUGAGGAGCUCAAGCGGGCGCCGCUGUUUAGGGAGGAUUUGGUUGACGACGGAGUUUACAUCGUUGACGCCGGCAGCCGUGGCGUGUGGGCCUGGGUGGGGCCGUCGGCCGGAGCCUCCGCGAGCCGUGGGGCCCUCGCCGCGGCCCGAGGCCUCGCACGCGCUCGCCGCCACGUAGGCCCCGUGUCAGUCACUGCUGCAGGCCGCGAACCGCUGGAAUUCGCUGCGUUGUUCCACGAUUGGCGCUGGUGCGACAAACGCCGCGACAAUCGCGUGCGAGUCGCUCGUUCUGCUACAACACGGCUGGAUGCCGUCAGUCUGGCGUCCAAUGCAUGGCUUGCAGCCGAGGCACAGCUCCCGGAUGACGGGUCGGGUGCAUUGCGUGUAUGGCGCGUGCAAAAUGGGCUCAUAGAGGUGGAGCGCCCGCAGGCUGCCGUGUUCUACGACCGGGACUGCUACGUCGUGCUGUACACCUACCACGCGCCGACUGGAGACCAGUCCAUACUCUACUACUGGAUGGGUGGCUCUUCGCCAAAUGAUCUGAGGAAUUUGGGUGCUAAAGAAGCUAAAGACCUCUACAAUAAGUUGGGGCGUUUUCCCGUCCAGGCGUGGGUUUAUCAAGGCAAGGAACCGGCGCACUUCUUGCAAAUUUUCAAAGGACGUAUGAUCACUUAUGUCGGCAGCGCUUCAGACUACGAUCCUAUGGGCCGUCGUGUGGUAGCACCAUCACGCGCGCUCAUCCUCGUGUCGGGGCAGUACGCGCGCGAGGCCCGCGGCGCGGAGGUGCGGCGGGGGGCGGCGGGGCGCGGCGCGUGCUACGUGCUGCGCGAGGGCGCGCGCGUGUGGGUGUGGUGCGCGGCGCACGCCACGGGCGACGAACGCGAGGUCGCUAAAAACAUGGCCGCGGCCGAGCACACGCUCGUCAUGCAAGGCAAAGAGAAGCCGGACUUCUGGGCGGUCAUCGGAGACCGCCGCGACCUGUUGGUAGCCUCGCCGCUGAAGGAGAUGGAACGCCCGCUGCCGCCGCGCCUCUUCUACGUGUCUUUGGGUGCUCCUGGACAGUAUUCUUUUGAGGAGAUCAUCUCGUUCAGCCAGUACGACCUGGCGCCAGAGACGGCGGCAUUGCUGGACGCGCACACGAGCGUGUUCGUGUGGCUGGGCGCGCACUGCUGCCAGCGCGCCAAGGAUGACGCCCGCGCGCUCGCGGGGGCUUACCUCGCACAAGACCCGGCCGCGCGCGACCCCGACACGCCGGUGAUCGUGCUGAGCCAGGGCCGGGAGCCGCCGCACUUCACGGGCUUCUUCCCGCACUGGAAACACUCCAUGUGGAAAGGCCACAAAACAUUCAGCGCCAUCAUCAGCGCCCUCGAAGGCAAGGCCAUCGUGCAGAAUGGCAACAGCGCGCUGCAGAGCGGCAACAGCGCGAACCGCUUCGACCAGCACGAGAAGUACCCGCUGGCCGUGCUGCGCGGGCCCAAGGACCAUCUGCCUCCUGACGUCGACCCGCUAGCUAAGGAGCUUUACCUGACGCACGACGACUUCGUGUCCGCGUUCCACAUGCCGUACAGCGAUUUCCGCGCCCUACCCGGCUGGAAGCAGAAGGACCUCAAGAAAUCCGUCGGCCUCUUCUGAGUAUACACGGUUCUGUUCCCACUGAUUCUAGUAUCAAGCCCGUUGCAGCACUUGAAGGAAUUCUUAUUGA